AUGAGCACUAUGCUCCCGGGGACACACGUCUUCUCUCAUCAGCAUCAAUACAAUCCGCAGGUUGACCAACCAUGGAUGCACCAGCAGACCCACCAUCAACAGGCGCAGCAGCAACAGCAUGCAGCAGCGGCUCAGGCCGCCGCUCAUUAUAAUCGCAUGGCGGCUCAAAGUCGAAACCACAACGCCGCGGUACCCUCAAUUUCUUCAAACCACGGACAAGACCCAACCAUGAUUGACUCCAAUGUUUCGGAAGAAAAUAGGAGGACUUUGAACUUCAUUGCAGAUCUACUUAAUGAAGAGACUAGGGAAGCUGCUCUUCUAGAGCUCAGCAAGAAGCGCGAACAAGUGCCAGAGCUUGCACUGAUACUAUGGCACUCUUUUGGUGUCAUGACAUCACUUCUCCAAGAGAUAAUCUCAGUCUAUACACUGCUUAACCCCUCCCAACUUACCGCCGCCGCAUCGAAUCGGGUUUGCAACGCCUUGGCCCUUCUGCAAUGCGUUGCUUCUCACAAUGAAACUCGCGCCCUCUUCUUGAAUGCUCACAUUCCUCUCUUUCUCUAUCCCUUCCUCAACACGACCUCUAAAUCCAGACCUUUCGAGUAUUUACGUCUUACCUCUCUUGGAGUCAUCGGAGCUCUUGUCAAGAACGAUUCAUCCGAUGUCAUCAAUUUCCUCCUAACUACCGAAAUAAUCCCAUUAUGUCUUCGGAUCAUGGAGACCGGAUCGGAACUUAGCAAAACAGUUGCAAUCUUCAUUGUGCAGAAGAUCCUUCUCGACGAUCAUGGACUGAACUACAUAUGUGCCACAUACGAGCGAUUUUAUGCUGUUGGUACAGUUCUUAGCAAUAUGGUUUCGCAACUUGUUGAACAACAAACUGCGCGAUUGUUGAAGCAUGUCGUCCGCUGCUUCCUUCGUUUGAGUGACAAUGCUCGAGCCCGAGAAGCCCUCCGCCAAUGCCUGCCCGAACCUCUACGCGAUGCCACAUUUUCCUCGGUCCUUCGCGAUGACGCUGCUACAAAACGAUGCCUCGCACAACUCCUCAUCAAUUUAUCCGAUAAUGUCGUUGAAUCUUCAUCAGGUCACCAAGGUCUUUAA